UUCCUAUAUACUUCCAGUACUUCGAAUCAAAAACUAUAAUAAAACUUAGUGCCGAUAGUUGGGAAGAUUUUACUCAGUUACAUGUCCAUUUGGAAAAAACUUUCGGUCUUAAGGGUUCACUGAUAGAUUAUAAGUUUGUUAUUAGCAAUAAUAAUAUAGAUUUUAGCUGGUCGAAAAAGGAUUUUCAAACAACUGAACUUACGCCAUCUUGCUUCGUAGAUGUUAAAAGAUCAUAUACAGAAAUGAUAAAUGGUUUGCCAGUACCAUCGACUCUUGGAAUUCCUAAAGAAUACACUAUACCUGUCAGCUUAUAUAGUUCUAUUUUUGGUAAAUUUAAGGAAUUUUGUAUGAAAGAUCCAGAAAGAGAAGACAAUCAAUUUACCUAUGAUAUUUGUUAUACAAUGGCCAAAUAUUAUGAUAAAAAGGAAAAACGCCAAGAUAAGACAAAUGAAAUGCUAGAAGAAUAUCUCGGUUAUUCGGUGGAGUUACUUAUGAUUAAACGCAAAGAUUCUGAUAGUAAUUUAAAGGAUGCACGUACUGACGGCACUGUGUCUUUUUCUAAGCACCGUGUGGCUAACUUGGAGUAUAAAAGUGAUGACUGUUGCUCCAAUACUUCUCCUUAUUUAGAAAAUUGUAGCUAUUAUUUAGUUUUCUGCAACGAACAAGCAAAUAGUAGCUCAAAUAGCCCUUCAUCUUAUGUAACUAAUUUUCCAUACUUUUUAGUUACAAUUGCAGUUGGAAACCUAGUUCAAAACCACUCUAAGGAUCCAUCAUUCCCAUCAUUUCUCAAUAUUAUUAUUAACAAUGAAUGUUAUAACGUUGAAAUUGAUUGCAAAAUUGAUGAUUACCUUCUUUGGGUAGUAACACACUAUAAUGAACAAGGGCCACCUAAACCUAAAAAAGCUUGUGUAAAGCUAUUAGCAGAAGCUGGAUAUGCUCCAAAAGUUCUCGCUAGUUUAAUUAUUCCAGAAAAUUGGCUUAUAGUUUAUAUAGAAUACUUGAAAGAUUAUUCGAUAUUAAAUUACUUCGCCUCUAUUAAUGAACGAAAUCAUUUAAGAGAGAAGAUCAAAGAAAUUGUUGGAUAUUUGCAUGAUGCAGGACAUGUGCAUGGAGACUUGCGUGAAGAAAACAUCCUAGUUUGUCAACUUAUGAAUAAUGAUUUUGAUGUAAAAUUGAUCGAUUUUGAAUGGUCUAGAGAG